AUGCUUGUACCAAUGAGUGAUAUUCUAAUAUCUUUGGUGAUUGUGACUGAAAAUCUCCAUUAUGUUACAAUCUUGAAGGUUUUAUGUGGUGAACAGGGUGAUAUUCAUGGUCAAUAUUCUGAUCUUCUACGGCUUUUUGAAUAUGGUGGAUUACCUCCACAUGCCAAUUACCUAUUUCUGGGGGACUACGUUGAUCGAGGCAAGCAAAGCCUAGAAACAAUAUGCCUCCUUCUUGCAUAUAAAAUAAAAUAUCCAGAAAACUUUUUCUUGUUGAGAGGAAACCAUGAGUGUGCUUCUAUAAACCGUAUAUAUGGAUUCUAUGAUGAAUGUAAGAGAAGGUUUAAUGUAAAGCUAUGGAAAGUCUUCACAGAUUGCUUUAACUGCCUCCCGGUGGCAGCCCUAAUCGACGAGAAGAUUCUCUGCAUGCAUGGAGGCCUUUCUCCUGAUUUGCACAGUUUGGAUCAGAUUAGAAACUUACUACGCCCAACUGAUGUUCCAGAUACUGGUCUGCUCUGUGAUCUCCUCUGGUCAGAUCCUAGUAAAGAUGUUCAUGGUUGGGGGAUGAAUGACCGCGGUGUUUCAUAUACUUUUGGCCCUGACAAGGUGACAGAAUUCCUUCAGAAGCAUGAUUUGGAUCUUAUAUGCCGUGCUCACCAGGUUGUAGAGGAUGGGUACGAGUUCUUUGCAAACCGACAACUUGUAACUGUAUUUUCGGCACCAAAUUACUGUGGGGAGUUUGACAAUGCUGGUGCCAUGAUGAGUGUAGAUGAAACUUUGAUGUGCUCCUUCCAAAUAUUGAAACCUGCGGAGAAAAAGUCAAAGUUUAACUUUGGGGGUACGAAUACUGCUAAGCUUGGAAAUUCUGUCUCAGGGGUCAAUCUGUUUGGGAGUACAGCCACAGCUAAACCUGGAAACUUACCAGCUGGUGUUAAGGAUCGUAGAUCUCUCCUUAUGAGUAGUUCUUAUUCUGUAGCAGUGCUAUUUAAGCGGAAGGCACACCUGGGCGCAAAGUUCUCCUGGGACCUAGGUGCGAGGCGAGGCGAGGCGUGA